CCGCCUCCCGUGCGGCCCCGCCCCACCCACUCUCGCGGGCGGCCGCGCGGCUGCCGCCUCCCGCGCGUGGACAUGGCGCUCGACCCCGCAGAGCAGCAUCUCAGACACGUUGAAAAAGAUGUUUUGAUCCCUAAAAUAAUGAGAGAAAAGGCCCGAGAGAGAUGUUCUGAACAAGUUCAAGACUUCACUAAGUGUUGCAAGGAUUCUGGAGUCCUUAUGGUAGUAAAAUGCCGGAAAGAAAAUUCUGCACUGAAAGACUGUCUAACCUCUUACUAUAAAGAUCCAGCCUUUUAUGAAGAAUGCAAAAUGGAAUACCUGAAGGAAAGGGAAGAAUUCAGAAGAACUGGAAUUCCUACCAAGAAAAGGCUACAGAAGCUUCCCACAAGUAUGUAGGCAGAUAUUCAAGAUGAUGCUCAGGAACGCCAGUGUUCAUGGAAAUCAGUCACCUGAAAUAAUGGACUCAGGGAAGUGUGUUUCCUUUAUCCUUAAUUAUGGAAAUAACUUUAUCUGAAAUAAAGAUUUUUUUUUUAACCUCAAA